CGCACGGCGUUGUUAUCUAUGGAGGUGGAUAGUACGGGAUGUUCUGAAAAUCCGUCCAUUCAAUUUUGAGCCUAUCAAUUAUUUUAGGCUAAAUUGACCUUUCAUGCCACAUGUUUAAAAUGGAAGCUUGGACUCUUCGAAAAAUUGGAGAUGGAAGGAACUUAAUCAAGGAUUGCAGAAGAUGGGAGUUCGUAGGAUUACGCAAAGUGCAGUUUGCCGGAAAUCUCGGGUCUUAUAUAAAAACUAAUGGACCUUCUAAAAAUUGACAUCGGAUACUCUUCACAAACUAGAGAUUUUACUGUUCAGUGUGUUCAUGUCUAAAGAUGACAUGCUGAGAGCUGGGACUUCACUGGCUAACAUUUUCUUUCGUUGUUACCGGUAACGUACCCUAUUUUCUGUUUUGUUUGUAGCAAGGGACCUUUCACGGUUAAAAUCAAACGUAAACCAAUAUAACUAAAAGAGUAUUUUUGUGCUCUGAUGGUUUUUCUCAUUUGGACCGAUAUAGUUUGGUCACUCUAUCACUUUUGUUAAAAUGUAGCCUAUCCACAAGUGUUUUACGGACCAUAUAUGAUGGAGCAGCGAUUGAUGGACCAUUCAGGGCCUAUACAUUAUGAUACAUUUGCGCAAUUUGUAGAGUUUCGGAGGUUGGGCUACUCGUAGUGUUUUCGAUGGCUUCACUUUUGUUGGGAUAUUUAGCUAGUUUGAACGCUAUUUAUAUAAUUUUAUUUAAAGUCCAUGCGGAUUUGGUGUUGAUGCAGUUCACCACGAGGUAGCGAUAGGCUUUUGUAACCUGGAUAGCCUACCACCAAAGACCGGUACCUAUAACUUUCACACUUCGCUUUUUUAACAAGAGCUGCAUUUGCUUUGAAUACGAACAACAUGGAUGCUGGAAUCCAGAAUCACACUGAACAUUUUGUUCACGACAUAUCCAAUCCAAGCGCAUCUGGUCUGUGUUCCGAAAUGCUCGAAGUCGCUGAAGAGGCAUGCCGGGCUGGAGACUUCGACCUUGCUGUAGAGAUCUAUUCCUCUCAGUUGGCCGAUCUUCAACAGCCUGACAGAGGUCUUUGCCUGCGUAAAGCGGAUGCCUUGGCCCGUGGGGGUCGGAUAGCUGAGGCUUUAGACUCCUAUUGUAUCGCUGCAAACAUCCAUAGAUUUAAGCCAGAGGAACUUAAGCUUUUAGUUGAAAACAUCGCCCGAACAAUACGCGUAAAAGGACUGAUUGAGAGUAAACAUUUUACCGGUGAAGGUAGAACAAAGCCAAGCGGUAAUGGGGGCAUCUGUUCUGAUGGAGACGAAUUUGACACAAAUCAACCACUAGACCCGUUUUCUUGUCGGCUUUGCAAUUGUUUACUAUUAGAGCCAACAACCUUAGUGUGUGGACACACUUUUUGUAAACGUUGCCUUGAAGAUGAAGAUGCCGUUGUCAAUGAUUGCAUAUGUUGCCGAUGUAAAAUAAACAAAUGUUCGUCACAAACGAACACAAACGGCUUCAGAAUUAAUGUUGUUCUCAGCGGCGUGCUUGAAAAAUGGUUCCAUGUUGAAAGUACAUCUCGAAGAUACUGGCUUGAAGGAGAACGCCUUUGGAAAACCCAAGAUCUCUUCAGUGCCCUAGAAAAGUACGACAAGGCAGUCGAACUAGAGCUGAUGCUUCUGAAAAGGAUUCUGGGUAGGCUUCAGCAGACUUCUGUAAAGCACAUCGUCUCUUCACCAGCUCCCUCUAUCUGUAGGCUGUUGUCAGAGCGAGCCAAGCUGCACAUGGACAUGAAGAACUUCAGCCUGGCCGUCCAGGAUGCGGACAGCUUGUGCCAGCUCUGUCCUUCAUCAGCAAAGGUGACUACUACUUCACUCAGUUGGCUAAAGAAGAGAGAUCUUACUGAGGCUCAAAGGGAGCUAAACCUUCCUACAUCCGCACACUACAUUAAGGCCAAAGCCCUGUGUAGUUCCCACCGCAGAGAAGAGGCCUUGCAGGAAUAUUUUUAUUGUGUAGCACUGAAGCCAGACUGGACGGCUGUCAAAAUGGAGGCGCAGAAGAUCUUGAGUGAGAUGUUUUCCUCUAUUUUUGAAAAGGACAGUCUGGUCACACCUCUGCAUCCACAUCAAGGCACAGGGCUCUCCUCUCGCAUUAAACCUUCAUCUCUCCUGAGCUCGCUUCACUCUUCCUUACCCAGAGAUGGAGCUAGAGCUGGCUGCUCUAAGGACCCUACCCUCAGCAGUAAAGCAGCUCACUGUGGGAGCUCCUCAUCCUUGAAGCAGACAGAGAACAGCGUGGAAGAGUCCAAGAACCUGGCGGCUGUCCUCUCCUCACUCCCUGUACCUCCGGGUCUUAAGAGAAAAUGUCCUGUUGAUGCCGGUGCUCUUGGGCCUCCAAGCAAGCUUCUUAAACAAGAUCCAGCCUGCUCAUCCCUGACUCCUCCUGUCCUGUGCAGGAUGAGGGAGGUACCACAUGAGCUCUUGGAUAGUGCAGACAUGGAGUGUUCACUGUGCAUGAGAUUGUUUUACGAACCAGUUACUACUCCCUGUGGACACACCUUUUGUCUCAAAUGUCUGGAGCGCUGCCUUGACCACAAUCCCAACUGCCCUUUGUGUAAAGAGAACCUUUCUGAGUAUUUGGCCAAUAGAGGGUACAAUAAGACUUUCCUAAUGGAGGAGGUACUUCAGCGCUAUCUGCGUGAGGAACUGGAAGAAAGGAGGAAAGUGCACGAAGAAGAGCUGAAGGAGCUGUCAAACUUGAACCAGGAAGUGCCUAUUUUCGUCUGCACCAUGGCAUUUCCCACAAUCCCCUGCCCCCUGCAUGUCUUUGAGCCUCGCUAUAGGUUGAUGAUCCGCAGGGCCAUAGAGACAGGAACCAAGCAGUUUGGCAUGUGUAUUUCUGAUGAAGUGAAGGGUUUUGCUGACUAUGGCUGCAUGCUGGAGGUGAGAGAUGUGAAGUUCUUCCCUGACGGGCGCUCUGUGGUUGACACCAUCGGUGUGGCUCGCUUCAAAGUGCUCAGCCAUGGCCAGAGGGAUGGCUACAACACGGCCAAGAUAGAAUACUUGCAGGACAAGAAGGCUGAGGGGGAGGAACUGGGUGACCUGCUGAAGCUGCAUGACUCUGUGUAUGAGCAGGCCACCGCCUGGUUCACCUCUCUCAAAGAUAACAUGAAGAGCCAGAUCCUCAGUCACUUUGGACACCUGCCCAGCAAAGACCCUGACCCCCAGGGGAACCCCAGUGGGCCGGCCUGGUGCUGGUGGCUUCUGGCAGUACUGCCACUGGAAAGCAAGGCCCAGCUCACCAUCCUUUCCAUGACCUCCCUGAAGGAGCGCCUAGUUGCCAUCCGCCGAGUCCUCAUCUUUGUCACCCGCAAGCGCCCUCGAUGACCCUGGCCUUCCCUGGCUGCCUGUCACUUUCGUUGUCAGGGUUGCAUGGCCCAGGGCGGGGGUCAGGGGUAGCAGUCCACCUCUGCACCUUCUACCGCCUCAAUCUCCUGUCUGCAGCAGCUCGGCUCCCUCCGUGCUGAGUGACACCUUUUUACAUGGCUGGAAGCUUGUGUGGGAAGUUUGUUCACCCGGUUUGGAGUUGUUGAGUUUUACAGUGGGUCACUGACCUAGCAGUAAAGCACGUGCUCUGUCUUGAUUUAAAAAGGCAGAGUGACUGACUUUGUUCCACUCCAGUAGCUACAGAUGUUUCGGUUGUACAGGAACAGACAGACAGCACUGCAACACUAUCUAAGGUGUUUCUGGCUGACCAAAAUUCGUCUCAUGAGAUUUUGGUGUAUUUACUGGCUUCAAUGUGGGUCAAAGUCCAUGAUCUUCUCAUGUAUAUGCACAAACAUUUUUUACCUCCCUUAAAGAAUGUGCAUGUUCUAAUGUAGGAACUCCCAGUUUCAUACAUUCAAGUCUGAAAUAUCCCUAUUUUGCAAUGCAACAUUAGUAAACUGUUAAAAAUGUUAAAAUCUUAAUGUUUUAAGACCUUUCAAAAACACUGAUAUAAGUGGAAAAGCACAUGUCUCAUUUAGUCAAUAAUUUAUUAGAUAAUUAUAUGGUUUAUAUUGAAGUUAAAUACAGCAGAUUUUUCACCCAGAUUAUUGGCAAUUUAUAGAUAAAUUUGAAGUCAAUUGGAUUAUUCAGGUUUAUUUGCUUUGUGUUUUGGUUUAGAUUGGUGUCAUAAAUAUUUAGUCUAUGAUACUUCAACACUACCACUAAACAGUAUACUAAAUUUAUACAGGGAUUAAGAAACCAGAAUGCAUCCGCUGUCUGUGAAAUAUGGGAUAUAGCUAUACACGUCAUUUGGCAACAGAAUUGGAUGAAAUUACUGCAUAUUAAACUUUUUUUUUUUUUUUUUUUUUUUUUUAAAUAAACUAGCACUAGCAUAUGACCCCAAGUAGAUACAAAAUGUUCUUUUAAAUUGGUUAAUUUAGUGUCAGCAAGCACCUGAAGACCUUGUAUUCCAUGGAAAAUGUGAUGGAUAAUCACUGUUACCUUUCAGAAUCUUUGGAUUUUGAAGGGCUUUGCUGUAUACCUCCAUGUUAUUUUAUUAGCCUUCUAUGCCCGUUAACUUGGAACAUGGCUGUAGCUUUGUUAAAAACGAACGUUAUCCUCAGGCAAAGAUGGGCAGAAUGGCCCCUUUCCUCAAGGGACUAAUUAUGUCUAAUUCAUGUCUGUCACCUGUCAACAGUCAUGGAACUAUAAGACAAGAUUUGUUCUGUUUGUUGUAUGAAAGCAACUUUUUUUUGGGGGGGGGGUGCAGAAAUUGAGAAAUGGAGGGUUUCUCAACUCCUUGUAGCAAAACUGCUGUGAAAAAUCUGGGUGGUGUACCUAGUAGCCUAACUCCCACACCGAUAAGUCAUCGGUAUGCAAUUUCUUUUUUCCUUCUCAUCCUCUACGAAGUGUUUUGUCUGAUCAAACCAAAUGCUGCAACUUUUCACCAGUCUCAUAUGUGAUGUCACAAUGAGUCAGGCCCAGCUCUGACUCGCUUUCCUGAAGUAAGGCUCCAGUCACCUUCCGAGACAAGCUGUCUGAUUGCCUUGACACGCCUGUUUGAAUGGAUGACCUUUCGUUUUUGUGUUUCCUCAGUAGUGUGUGACUGCACUUUUCCUGAACUCGUAGGCAUCUGGUUAAUCAGGCCUAGGCCCCUGACAAGUGUACAAGCGUCAUAUCAAGUGUGGUGCUGCGAACAGCUAAGAACUAGCUUUUAAGGGAUGGGUUAUACGUGCCCUCAGAGCCACACUAAAGCAACGAUAGCCUGCCUUCAGCAUUGUAUUCCAUUUGACAGAAACCCACUCUUGGUGUAGCAGGGUAAUAAUCGAGGCUGUUGAUGCUUUAAUACAUGCAGCUCAUUUCUGAAUUGCACAAGCUGCUUUUAACUGCGAGCCUUUGAGAAGCAGACUUGGUGGUUUUGCAAGCGGCCUUGCCGUGCUGCCGAUUAACGGUUGAAAUGUUAAUGUGCCUACUCUGAUGAUGACUAGCAGUAGUGAUUUUAAUACUGCCAUGUUUGGUUCUCACCUUCAUUACCUUAAACAUAAGACUGCAACAUGACCAUACUGUAUCAUUUCCAGAGCUCAGUUACCAUGGGCUAGUCUUGCUAAGGCCAGAAAGAACACUAGCGAGCUAGAACAGAAUCCUUUUUAGAAUCUUUUUUUGUUUGUUUUUUUUUUUUUUUUCUUACAAAACUAGCUCUCUGUUUUAGGAAGACUGCUACAAAAAUAAAACAUACGGCCACCAAAUGCGUGCCAAAGAUGCUGCAUUUUAAGAUACUGAGGAUGGUUCUCUUUCUCAAUCAGUUUUGAUGGUGUUUAACAUCAGUUUUUUUUUUCCCUUCCAAACGUUUUCAACAUCUAAUUGAAUUUGUGAUUAAUCGCAGGAAAUGUGUGAUAAGUGGUGUCCCUGUUAAUAACCAAACACAUUCUAUAAUUUAAUUACUGACUACAAAAAGGUAAUUUCCAAACGACAGUUAUAGAACUAAUGCAUUCACGUUCGGUGCUUCAUAAGCUAAGGAUUUUGUCAACUAAGCUAAGAAUUGCUUUACAUUUGUUACUCAAGGCCUAAAGUCAGUUAUUUGAUGAGGUUUUAAAUAGAGACAGUUAGACAGAUAAGUUGGAGGACAAUGAUCAUGCUUUUCAGUGAGACUGUUUAAAUGACCAUUGCACUAGAUCAGUACAAAUACUAUAUGGUUGUUUAUACGGUCCUGGUCUUGGAGAAAGUUUUAGUCAUUCUAAACAAAAGAAAUGCUGCUACUGAAAUAUUACUGACAAGGGGUUUGUUUCCUUUGUGUGUUUCUGCUGCAAAUUUUACUAAAUUAAAAAUUUGUUCAUUUGGAAAGUUCACAUUGAAAAAUUCCUUGUCAAUGUGGCUACUGGCUUUUACUGAAACUAAACACUGUGGGUCUAUUUUGAAACUAAUUAGCCUGUCUGAGAUGAGAACAAAGCCAUAAAAUGUGCAAUUUGAACUAUAGAUUACAUUUACUAUAAAUGUACAAACACACACACUGAGAUUUGGGGGACGUACUUAUUGACAUGAUAUUCAGUUUGUCAUGUUUCAUGUCUGGAUGAAGGCUAAGCAAUUGUGGGUAGAUGACCAUCUAAAAUCUUAGCUGGUCCAGUUUACCUGCACUCAUCCAGUAGAAAAGCUGUGUAUGAAGAUGUAAUGUUCUCUUGAAAUCGUUCCAUCGCUAGUUCUUAUUUGUAUUGUGUAAUGUAAAAUAUUUGUGUGGUGCACUUUGGUGGAUGGUUUACCUGUUUGUCCAUGUGGGCACCUGUGUACAGACAAAAUGGAGGCCUUUUUACUCAUCUUCCCCUUGUGGUUUGCGACUGCACCACCUCAUUCAUUCUGUCAAGUGCGAGACUCCCUCCCACCCCCGAUGUAGCGUCUCCUGUUGGUUACUACGCAAAUGCUGCAUUUUUCAUGUGAAUUUGUACAUUACAAGGAAAAUAAAACUUAUUUUAUAUUUUAA